UAGCAGUGUAGGCCUCUGUGGAAUCCUAUGGGGGUAAUAUCCUGGAAUAUAAUAAUGCCAAAAAAAAAAGGAAAAAAAAGAAAAAUAUGAGCACCACAAGACAAAACACAUGUACACAAAAAUCAGUACUCUAGAUUUCAGAGCUCCUGAUUGCUUGAACAACUGACAGAAAAGGCACUGGUUUCAGUGUAAUAAUAAAAGGUCUGAAGAAAUACAUGGAAAAUAUGAACACAGAAAAAAAUCACAUAAAAGCAAGUGGUAUUGUCUGUGUGUUGAGAGAAGCAAUUAAACUGUAAUAAGACAUCUAGUUGUAUGUUUUACAAAAUAAUACAAGAGUUGGAAAGGGAAUAGAAAAAUAUGCAAAUAUACAAUGUACAAAAAAAUUACUCACUUUGAGAGUUUAUUUUGUUUGAGGUACAAUUAAAAAGUUUUUAUCAAGCUGCAAAGAUCCGUAACCGGUUUAGGAGUUGGUUAUCCUUUAGUCAUCCAAGGAAAGGAGCAAUCAGUAGAUGAAGUCUGGCUGAUGCAGACUCCAGAUAGAGCACGUCUUCAGGACUGGUUAUAAUUAACCACUAGACUAACUUACAACACAGAUCCUGCUUUCCUCUUCUAGAUCUGAUUUGAAUUACCUAAGAACUGCUGUAAUUCAAAAAGAAAAUACAGCUGCCAGAGCAGGAAGGUGUGGAGGAGCGGAGAGACCGCCCCCAUCAGAGACCUGUGGGUUGUGACCCCCUGUGCCGGCACCGCGCUCCGCUGCCCGAGUGACAGGUCCCAGCUCUCGCCGGCUCUUCCAGCGGCAGCUCCUCCCUUCUGGCCAGAUGGACAGCACAGCUUGGACUUGGGCUCCGGGGGACCCGGCUCGGGGCAGAAAGCAGCCUUUUAUAGCUGGCACGCCGGGCUGCGGCUCACACCUACACACCCCGCUGCCGAGCACAGCGCCGCUGCCGCGACCCGCACCCCCGCCCGUCGCUGCCCAUGGCGCCGCUGCCCCCGCUCCUGCUGCUGCUGCUGCUGCCGGCGGUCGUUUCUAAAGGCACUGUUGGGGAAGGCCGUGUGAGAAGUCGAAGAGGAAUCCUGGAGUUGGCCGGAGCCAUCAGGUGCACCACAGGGCGCUCGCCCUUCGCCUACCUGCGCUACGGAUGCUACUGCGGCCUGGGAGGAAAAGGAUGGCCCAUGGACAGAGUAGACUGGUGCUGCUUUCACCACGACUGCUGCUAUGGGAGGGCAGAACAAGCAGGCUGUCAGCCAAAGACUGAAAGUUACCACUGGGAAUGCAAAGACAAUUCUGCUGUGUGUGACUCACUAGAAGAUAAAUGUCAAAAAAUGGCAUGUGAAUGUGACCGUGAAGCUGCCAAAUGUUUUUCUAAAGCUCCCUACCAUAGAAAAUACCUUUUGUGGCCAGACUUUAUGUGUGGUGAGAUUCAGCCUUUGUGUAGGUAUUAGAUACAUGACUCUUGUAUAUAUUUAAAUCUAAAAUUACUUUUUUUUUGGCCACAGUAAUGACAAGAAAUUAUUUUCCCCUUUCUUGAUACUCCUUCAUUCCAUCUCAGCCUCUCCACCUCAAAAUGGGCAAAGUAAACAUUUUUCUUGUUAUUUACUUUCUUCCAUGCACUUAUUAUUGAUUACAUAGAAAUCUGAGUUUAUCAGCUUAAGGAGUAACUGACAAUGUUAAUUUGUUUUCAUAUUCAGAUUCACAGAUUUUUCAGAUUGAUAAUAUCAUUUGCUGUGAACUUGUUAUCCCCCCUCCACUGGCUAUAAGAUACAAAUCAAACUUCUCCACUAACAAAUCUUAGCAUUUGUUAACUUUGAACUGACUGGAAAAAGUUAAUGAAGUGACAGUGUCAGCACAAAGAGCCCUCUCAUCUACAUUAAACACUUACUACAAAGCCUAA